UUUUCAUUAGCAAAAACGACUGCGUGCACCUUUAAGACAGCAAAGCGCGUGACGCCCCUCUGAAAUGUCUCGGUAAACUUGGAAAAGGACUUUUCUCAUUACCUCGAGGGAUUGAGAUGGCCAUGCUGACAGGCUGCAUAUAAAAAGGAGAACAGCAUGAACAUGCUUAUGCUCAACUGUGGAAGCAAAGCGCGCAGACCUGUGGCAUUUAAUUGCAACCUUUACGCAAAGGCGCUCUUUUGGACUUCUGCCUCCUCGAGUGGACUGCAUUACUAGAAAAAAUUGAAAUAUUUCGAAAAUUAAAAAUAAAUAAAUAAUAAGUAAACAUAUACAACACACAUUUAUUUUACACUUAUUUAUGUUUGUGUGUGCUUGAAUUAUUAGAAUUAUUUUUGCACUGCGCACAUUCUGUCUGUUAGUAUAAAAACACCUGUCUUGGAUUUUCAAGCAGCUCCCUAGUGAUGAUUUGAAGAAUUUUUCCUGAUCUUUUUCAUCCCAAUGCCCGCCCUAAUCGCUGUCAUGGAAUCGUUUGGGUCUUCGGUCACCGAGUCUACCGACAUCACAACACCGGACGAUCCGUUCUCGGGUCCCCUCAAGUCUGUUGCGCCCUGGAAUUACACUUUCCUCGCCUGUCUGAUGUUCAUAGUGACUUCACUGUCUUUAACAGAGAACUUCACCGUUAUGCUUGUGACGUUUAGAUUCAAGCAGUUAAGGAAACCGUUAAAUUACAUCAUUGUUAAUUUAUCUGUUGCUGAUUUUCUAGUUUCGCUGACAGGAGGCACUAUAAGUUUUCUAACUAAUGCACGAGGUUACUUCUUCCUGGGCGUCUGGGCGUGUGUGCUCGAGGGAUUCGCUGUCACUUAUUUCGGGAUUGUGGCUUUGUGGUCUUUAGCAAUCUUGGCAUUUGAGCGUUAUUUUGUGAUCUGCCGUCCUCUGAAAAAUGUCCGGCUUGGAGUCAAGCAUGCAGCUUUGGGUCUUGUUUUCGUUUGGACCUUCUCCUUCAUCUGGACAAUCCCACCAGUUUUUGGCUGGAACAGUUAUACAGUCAGCAAAAUUGGUACCACCUGUGAACCUAACUGGUACUCAACUGAUUACUACGACCACACCUACAUCAUCACCUUUUUCGUUACGUGUUUUAUCCUUCCUCUUGGUGUUAUCAUUAUCUCCUAUGGCAAACUUAUGCAGAAACUCAGAAAGGUGUCGAACACUCAUGGAAGGCUGGGUAAUGCGCGUAAGCCUGACCGAGAGGUGGUGAGGAUGGUCAUUGUAAUGAUAGUUGCGUUCAUGGUUGGAUGGACACCAUAUGCAGCAUUCUCAAUUACUGUCACAGCCUGUCCCACAAUUCAUAUUGAUCCUCGCCUGGGCUCAAUACCGGCCUUCUUCUCAAAGACUGCAGCUGUGUACAAUCCCAUCAUCUAUGUCUUCAUGAAUAAGCAGGUAUGUCUUUGCAAUUUUUUUUAUCCUUAUCUGGCAUUUUCGGAUCACACCAAUCUGAACCAGACAUCAGACAAAGGGGCCAUCACUGCCACAGCAGAGAGUCACCUUGGAGAGAUGUCCACCAUUGCAGCUCGCGUGCCUAUGUCCGUGUGCAACAUGGAGAAGAGUGAGGAUGAAGAGGAAGAGUCGGGGGAUGAAGGCCCAAAGCAGCUCCCUUUAUCGGAUAGUCGAGUGUGUCCUUUGUAGAGAAGGACUAGUCUGUCUGAAUAAAUGUAUACCUUAAAUCUAACCUGUUGUCUAACUAAAGCAUAAAUCCUACAGUCGUUACCUCUAUUGGAAUGCAUAUGUUAGAAUGUUGUGUUUGUGUUUUCACACGUUCCUUGUUUGUUGUUCGUAUUUCUUUAUGUUGUGGUGAUUUGCAGUCUUGGCGUACUGUGUACUUGUCGGUAUUGCGAUAUAACCUUACAUAAACAUGAAGGAGGCAGGCAAUACAUUUCCAUACAGUCCUCUGAACGUAUGAUUUUUGUUCUUUUGAUCUAUCUCCUCUCACUACAGUAUAUAGCUGAUUGCACACUAGUACCAGUGGGGAUGUUUUGUUUGUUUGUUUUAAUGGCAAUUGAAAUGAAAUACUAUAAUACUGCAAUAGCUUUCAGGUCAGAAUACUGACUUUCAUUUUAUAAUCAUUCAAAUAUAAAAUAAUCACUCAGCUUGUGAUGUUUGCUCCUCCCCCAGCUUCUUCUGGUUGGACCACUGUUUUAAAACGGACAUUGAUGAGCUGCUCUGUAUCACAAAAUCUAAACCUGACCAAAGACGGUCAUUCUAGUGCAUGUUUACACAAACUGAAUGAUACCAUAACAAUUCAUUUAGUGAACUAACGGGUCAAACAGGUUUGGCAGGGUAUCUGCUUUGCAAUAUAGUAAUAAACCAUGCAAUUAACAUCCUCAUCUGACAAUUAAGUUUCUUGUCUAUUGUUGAAUUUGCAGUCUUGUUUUGGAAGGUUUAAUGAAGCAAGAGUGUUUAUCAAUCUGUAUUAAUUUAGUAGCCUAUGUACACUUUGGUAUAUGAUUGCGUGUGAGUUUGAAUGAACUGUCUGAAUGUCUUAGGCCAUAAUGUUCAUUGUUUGUUCACAAUUUCUUUCCAAACUGAAUACUGAUAUUGAUGUUUGUCUGUGGCAUGCAUAGUAAUGUUUUACUUAUGUAUCGUUUUUCAAUGUCUUGGAGUCAUUUAGAUUUGGUGUCAUAUUUCAAUUAAUAUGAUUUUUAAAAUGUAUUUUUAAAACAUGUCAAUGUUGUAGAACACUAAUAAAACAACCUGCAAUAAC